CUUGCUGAAACGCGCGGGGUUGCAGGAGCUGUGAGCUACCUUUUCCUGGACUUGGCGACUGCUUGGCAUCCUCCGCUACCGGUCCGGAAGGAGAGAGGUCGGCGGAACGGGAUCGAGCAGUGCCGAGCGGGGCCGACCGAGGCUGAGCGUUUCCUGGAGCUGCUCCCCGCAGAGGGGAGAGAGAUGGCUGACCCUGGGAGCCGAUGGUCACAGAGUAGCAGGAAGCUCAAAAUGGAAGGACUGUCUGAUGUUGCCUCUAUUUCCACAAAACUUCAGAACACUCUGAUCCAGUAUCACAGCAUUGAAGAAGAUCAGUGGCGGGUUGCCAAGAAAGUGAAAGACGUAACCGUUUGGAGGAAGCCCUCGGAAGAGUUCAAUGGGUAUCUAUAUAAAGCCCAAGGAGUUAUGGAUGACGUGGUCAAUAAUGUGAUAGACCACAUACGCCCAGGGCCCUGGCGCUUGGACUGGGACCGGUUAAUGACUUCACUGGAUAUUUUGGAGCACUUUGAAGAGAAUUGUUGUGUGAUGCGUUACACCACUGCUGGGCAGCUUUUAAAUAUUAUUUCCCCGAGAGAGUUUGUUGAUUUCUCCUAUACUGUGGGCUAUGAAGAAGGACUUUUAUCCUGUGGGGUAAGUGUUGAGUGGAGUGAGACGAGACCAGAGUUUGUCCGUGGCUAUAACCACCCCUGCGGCUGGUUCUGUGUUCCACUCAAAGACAGUCCGAACCAGAGUCUUCUGACAGGCUACAUCCAGACAGACCUGCGUGGCAUGAUCCCUCAGUCUGCGGUAGACACGGCAAUGGCAAGCACGCUAGCCAACUUCUACAGCGAUUUGCGGAAGGCUUUGCGAAAGGCAUAGUGUGUUCAACUCAGUGCCGUGGCUCACUGACUCUACUCUUCUCCCUCUGCUACGUGACGUGUAGAUGUCCUCAGUUUGCUGCGGCCUGUGGGAACGGACACUGGAGGUGUUAUAGGUGCCAUAGUACAAUCUCGUUUUAUAUUAAAAGUAAAUAGCUAUGUAAAUAGGGCA